AAGGGGUGCGCCCGCGUGUCUGCGCUGGAGGGCGAUGGCGGGGGCGGCGAGAGUCCUGUGGCGGGAGAGCCGCCGCCGCCGCUGUUGGGGCCCAGAGGCCGCUCGAGCGACGGCGCUGGUGGGCUUUCCUCAGCUGCCGGGUUGCAGACAAAAAUCCUCACACAGUUUACUUAGCCGUCCUGAUAAUCCAAACCUAGCCUAUCACAAGCUAAAAGGCAAGAAUCCUGGAGUUGUCUACCUCUCAGGUUUUCUUUCAAAUAUGAAUGGUUACAAGGCACUUGCACUCGAAGACUACUGCAAAUCUGUGGGCCACGCUUUUGUAAGGUUUGACUAUAGAGGCUGUGGAAGUUCAGAAGGUGAUAUUAAAGAAUGCACAUUGGGAAAGUGGCGGAAGGAUGUACUUUCGGUAUUGGAUGAACUCACACAAGGACCACAGAUUUUAGUUGGUUCCAGCUUGGGCGGAUGGUUGAUGCUUCAUGCUGCAAUUGCUCGUCCAGAGAAGGUGGCUGCACUAGUUGGAGUAGCUGCAGCAGCAGACUAUCUAGUAUCAACUUAUCAACAGCUUCCUGUAGAGAUGGCCAACAGAGGACCCAGCUAUGGUUUAAGCCGAGAAGUACAGGAAAAGAUCGAACAGAAAUAUGACACAGAACUGGAGAGUCGGCUGGUGGACUGGAUUAUCAUACAGUGUGGUGAAAACACAGAGCAUCCCCCUCCCGGAAGGCAACAUUUCCAGAAAUGGUUAAUGGAUGGAACACUGCUGUGCAAGUUAAUAAACAGUUUACAUCCCAAGGGGAAAGAACCCAUUCCAAAGAUCACAGAAUCAAAGAUGGCUUUCAAGCAAAUGGAGCAAAUUUCCCAAUUCUUGAAAGCGGCAGAAAUCUAUGGAAUACGAACAACAGAUAUUUUCCAGACAGUGGAUUUAUGGGAAGGGAAGGACAUGGCUGCUGUGCAAAGAACUUUAAUGGCUUUGGGCAGCGAAGCCGUCACAAGGGAUGAUGGAUGCUAUAGAGGGGAUCCAGCCUGGUUUCACAGGAAAGCACAAAAGAACCGGCGAGGGUUUUCGGAAGAGCAACUUCGUCAAGGACAGAAUGUCAUCGGUCUCCAAAUGGGGAGUAACAAGGGAGCUUCUCAGUCUGGGAUGACGGGAUACGGCAUGCCAAGACAGAUCAUAUAGGUCACAUUCUCCACCUUUAAACACACACUCACACAAUCUACAGCAUGGCCUGACUGGGGAAAAAAUAUAGCUAGUUAAUGUUCAUGCUAAAAAGAAAAGAAAAAAUAUGCUUCUAAGUUUUCCCUUCUAAGAUUUUUGGAUUUCUUUUUCCAGCUGCAACCUUUCAACCUGAAAUGUGGACCUGUGUGCUUGAUGUGUACCACUUCGCACAGCACAUUGAUGCCCUGUGAUGUUCAUUUCUGAACUAUGCAAAGACUGUUUUUUCUGUAUUUAUUUGCAGUUUGUUACCUUCUGUACUUGUGUCUUAUUGAACUUGCUCUCUUGCACCUCGGCAAUCUUCUUCUCCACUCUACUGGUGAAAUAAUUUGCUCUUCUGAAAAUAAAAAUAAAUCAGGGGGAAAAA